CUCCUCGGACCGUCUUUCUUGUCGUACUGUGAUUUGUUAAGCUGAACUGAUUCUCCUUCUGGUGCUGACCUUUUGUUUAGUAUUACGUUACAUCUAAAGUAUAGUUUGUCCGUUUAGGCUCUUACGACAUGGCAGGGAAUUUCUGGCAAAGCUCACACUAUUUGCAAUGGGUUCUGGACAAGCAGGACCUGAUGAAGGAGCGACAAAAAGACCUCAAGUUUCUCACAGAAGAGGAGUACUGGAAGCUGCAGAUAUUCUUUGCCAAUGUCAUCCAGGCACUGGGAGAACACCUGAAGUUAAGGCAGCAGGUUAUCGCUACAGCAACUGUGUACUUUAAACGCUUUUAUGCCAGAUAUUCCCUGAAGAGUAUAGAUCCAGUGCUAAUGGCCCCUACUUGUGUUUUUCUAGCCUCUAAAGUUGAGGAAUUUGGAGUUGUUUCCAACACUAGGUUGAUCAGUGCUGCAACAUCAGUAUUGAAAACCCGGUUUUCCUAUGCCUUUCCCAAGGAGUUCCCAUACAGAAUGAAUCAUAUAUUGGAGUGUGAGUUCUACCUACUGGAGUUGAUGGACUGCUGCCUCAUCGUGUACCACCCCUACAGGCCCCUCCUGCAGUAUGUACAGGACAUGGGGCAGGAGGACAUGCUGUUGCCUCUGGCCUGGCGAAUAGUGAACGACACAUACAGGACAGACCUGUGUCUCCUCUAUCCACCCUUCAUGAUUGCACUAGCCUGCCUGAAUGUUGCCUGUGUGGUACAGCAGAAGGAUGCCAGACAGUGGUUUGCUGAGCUCUCGGUCGACAUGGACAAGAUCCUUGAGAUCAUCCGCGUGAUCCUGAAGCUGUACGACCAGUGGAAGAACUUUGACGACCGCAAGGAGAUGGCCGUGGUUCUCAACAAGAUGCCCAAACCCAAGCCCCCUCCCAACAGUGAGAAUGACCAGAGCUCCAACGGAAGUCAGAGCAACUCGUACGGCCAGUCGUAGGCCCAACACUUACCGAGCAGCCUCCAUUUUGUACUGACCGGCGGCCAUUUGCAAAAUGACUUCCAACAUCACGUUUGAGAGGGCAAGCCGCUGGGACAUUCUGCGUUUAAACUAGAGGUAUUCUCUCAUGGACACACCCCCUCUCUCUCGCUCUCUAGCAUAACCCCUUAGCUAGCACAUAUCCCCCCUAUCCCGCCCUCCUUCUCUUUCUGAAGUGGUCACAUGUUCAAGAACCAGCCAGCAAAUAGGGUGUCUCUGGACGAUGCCAUUCCCCCCCCCCCCCCCCCCCCUAGAGACUGACAGCAAUAGUAGGCCAUGAGGAAGAGCACUUCUAGUUCAACAUAGAGGGGGGGGGGGAAACGUUUGGGCGGACACACCUGUGAUAGAAGAGUUUGGACAAACAGUGGGUGUUAUGCGAUAUAUGUGUAUGCAUAGUUUGUGAUUUAUUCCUGACAGUCUUGAACGGUCUCGGGGAACGCGUCGUUGUGAUUGGGGUGCUCCGUGGGAUCACUGAAAAAAAAAAAGAAGAAAAAAAAAAAAAGAACUUGGAUCGCCAGCACUGUGCACGUGAGAGUGGGUGGGCCCUCUGGUUGGGGUUUUCUUCAUUCCUCAGGGACUAUACAAGUAGUCUGUCUCGACUGGUGUGUGCCAGAGGUCCUACCCCCCCCCCCCCUCCCUGUGUAUGUUUCCCAUCCACCUUCUGACUGUAUGCUGUCGUGUCACUACCAGGUGGAGCGGGUACCCUUUUGUACAUGGAGGUCUGGUGUUGAGAGCCGGGUCUAAGGUAGAAGGAUCAUAGCUUGUUAAUAAUUAUGAUUGUGCUCCAUUCUGCUCCCAGCCCUUAAUCUUGUAAAUGGCCUUAUAAUGGAAUUUUACCUUCUUUAUUUUACUUGGAAAACUUGAGCUUACUUGAGUAAUAAGUCACUUGUUCUUUGAACCAUCAUGAUUCCAAUUUUUUUUUUUUAAGCAUUUUUUUAAGUUUGCUUUAGGGUUGAACAUAAUGUAUUGUAUCAAACCAUUUUUUUUUAUUAGUAGUACUAUGGGUUUGGCGAGCUUUUGCGUUGCUGUUGUAAAAGUGAAUCACUUCCUGUUUUCUUUUACUUUCUGUAUUUUACAUGUACACUUAAAACCACCUAUUUUAUCAUUUGUUGUGUGUGUGUGUGUGCGUGUAUGUGUAUGUCUGUGUGACUAUACCUGUUGAACGUGUUGUGAUGUGAUGCUUUGGGACCUCCAAUAGGCUCGAUCAUAAUGAGAUGCUCAGACGCCUUAAUAAAAGCUGCUGUUUAUACAGAAACAACCACAAAAUCUCUGAAACAAGCACACCCCACUCAUCCUAGUGUGGAUUCCUUAAGGUCUCCUAUUCAAUGGAUGACCCGUUUGUGGGGAAGUGUUUCCCUCUGUAUUUUACUCCCACCUUCAUUUACUUUUAUUUUUUCAUGAUUUGAAAAAAAGGAUCGUUGCAAACGCUGCAUGGAUGUAACUGGCAAAUGGAGGACAACUUUGGUGUCACUCUCUCCCAUCCGCUGUGGUGUCAAGUGAGUGUGUUUUCGAAAGGGAACCAAGAGUGUGAAAGCCACUGAGACUAGUUAGGGGGGGCUCUCUGUAUGGCUUCGCCUUCCGGCAUUGCCCUCCCCCCUCCAGCCACACACCCCCACUCACCCAAUCUACGACUCCCAUCUGUUCAAUACAAAUGGGUAAAACACCAAAGGGCUUUACCUCAUUGAACUGCUCCUAUCAGAAGGCCCACACAAAAACACAUUUUUACAAAACCAUGUUUGUUCCUGAGUAUUACUUGAAUUUGUACAUUGUCUUUUGGAAGUUGUAAUUAAACCUGUAUGUUGUGAAAAA